AUGUUUAAAAAUAUGAAUAAUGUUGAUAGUAUCUAUCAAAGAAUUGAUGGAUAUCUAGUUAAAUUACAUCAGUCGGUUGGUGGUACUACUUCUACUUCUACUACUGCUACUACUGCCACUGCUGCUAUAACCAGUGCUAGUGGUGGAAAUAGUAAUAACUUCUCGGCAAUCGAUAAAGAUGCGUUCGGUGCUAAUAAACACCAAGGAUAUGAUCAAGCUGAAAACCAGUAUACUCAACCUCAUCUCGAAACUGAUCAAAUCGUUCAAGUUGCAAGUGGCCGACUAUGUCGUACCGAUCAAGAAUUGUUAUUACAAUUUACAUGUGGAAAGUUAACACAAACAGUUAAAGCAGAGUUGCUGGAAACCGUUGGAUUGUUCACAGAGUAUUUCACUGGAAUCAUGUUUGAUAAGAGUGCCCAGUUGAUAUCGAUAUUCAUGGAGACACUCGGUAGUCAGCUAAAGUCAAAGACACCAGAGACUUUUCUCAUCAAAUCAUCACUCCUCGGUUUAAAUAGUUUAUUAUUAAACUUUUCAUCUGAUUUCAUUUCUGGAUCAUCAAAGAAUGUACAAUUAUUAUAUCAAUAUCUUUAUAUAUGUUUGGAUCCAGUUUCAUCGAGUCAGAGAUUCGAUAUUCCUAGAGCGGCAAUGAUGGUUGUACAAAGACAUACCUCGCUUUUCAAACAGUAUCUAACGGAGCAGAGUGAGAAGUUCUUUGCUCGUCUCGAGGAAUGGUGUAAACAUAUCAACAAGAAGAAUCGUGAUCUUGCAUUCAACACAAUCGAUUCAUUCCUUCAGCAAAUAGCAAACGAACUAACCGUCGGUAAUCGUAGUAUAGAAAGUGAUCAAGCAACAUUCAAAUAUUUCAUUAGAAAGUUUUAUUCUAUCUUUGAAAAUAACAAUAGUACACCAUUUGAUAUCUCGAUUGCCAUUCGUGGUUGUGGUAGAUUCGCAGCACCCGUAAAAGCAUUCAUCGGAGAAUGGGAAUUGAAAUCACUUCUCGGUUCACUAUUCAAAUUUUCAGAGAAAUUAAUGGUUGUUAAACUAGAGAAUAUAGAUGAAAUAGUUAUGCAUUUAUCAAGUUUUAUCAAUGCUUUCUCAAAUAUUUUGUUUGAGAUUAAAGAUAUAGAGUAUUGGUAUAUGGAGCAUUUGGAACAGGCAGUUGCAACCUAUUUCAUUAUAUUCCCAUACUUAUUUACGGUGCAACGUGAGCGAUACUAUAGUGCUGUCAAUAGGUUGUUAUCAUCGCUCUAUCAUAGACCAGAGUUUUUAAAGACGCUGCUCGGACGUAUUGUAAGACAAGGUUUACUGAUCACCUUCUCGAAACCACACGAAGCGUUACUCCCACAUCUAAACACCGGUGACACACCUUGGUAUGAAGUAUACAAAGAGGUGUGGUAUCAUCUAUUGCAUCCGAAACCAUCUGAUAUUUCACGUGGUAUUCAAAUGGAAGUGGAACAACAUGUUGUACAACAAGUAAAACAAGAAGAAGGUGAAAAAGAAAAAGAGAAAGAGAAAGAUAGUAUUUCGAUAUCAACAUCCGAAGAUAUUAUACAGUUACUUUAUAAUGAAAUAGUUCAAACAAUGAUAACUUUCAUUCGUAAAUUGGACUUGAGUUAUUCGACUAAAGAGGAGGAAGAAGAACGUCAGGAGAAAGAGAAAGAGUUAAAGAAACAACAGGUUAAAGAUAAAGACAAAGGUGGAGAAGAGGAAAAGGAGGAGGAGGAACAACAAGAAGAAGAGGAUGUUACUAUGGAAGAUCAACAACAGGAUGGAUUGUUUAAUAUUGGUGAGGAUACGCUGAAACCAUCAACACCCAAGGAUAUAGAGUUGUUCUUGAAUCUUGUGGAAUUCUCAAAGUUAUUCCUUGCAAGACAACAUACGAAUUUGUUGACUCGUUGGAUCUAUAUCUUUGGCAAAGAGAUCAUCUUUGGCUCGAGAAAGUAUCCUCUUAUCUCUGGAUUCUACAAAUUACUACAUGUAUUAUUAAAGGUUGCCAAGAAAGUCAAUUAUUUCGGAUUCAUCGAUGGAUCAAACAAAUCAUCUUCUUUAGAUGCCAAUGGUGGAGAGGAUGAUAGUAUGGAGAUUGACAGUGGUAAAAGUUCAAUACCGGCAGACGAGUUAGAAAACAAGAGAAAUUGUUUCAAACUGUUUGCCAAGUUCUUGAAGGAGGUGGAAGCUGCCUCAACGCAAUAUAAAGAUGAGCUGCUUGCUUCGGUGAUCCAGUUGCUGCUCUCGGUGCCAAAGCAAUUGGUGAAUAUUCCAGUGUUGAUUCCGACGCUCUCCACUGCCUUCCGAUUGGGUCUUUCCUAUUUGAAACUCGGACACGUCGGUCUGAAUACCAUUGAAUAUUGGCUGAGUGUAUUGCCUGAGGAAGUGGAUGCUCAUCUUUAUGCUAUACUGCCGGCACUGUCCGACUACUUUUUAAUCUCUACAACCAAUACCUCCAGCUCCAACCAGGAAUCGGCCAACUCGAAAACUGGCAUGUUGAUGGGACGUGGCGCUGCACCGAGGAUGAAUACUAAAUCCAUUGAUUUCGUAGAUCCUAAGCUGCUGGCACAGCGGACCGUUGUCGAGGAGAUGCAAACUAGGGUGAUAAGAAUUCUCGGUAAGCUCGGUGGACAGAACUACCAUUUGAUGGGUAGCGUCAACUUGAUGGCGCCGGGCACAGAGAGUGGCGUCGCCUGGGAUACAAUCUCGCGUAUUCAACUUCAGAUUCCACUGGGUGAUCUCAAUGGUGUUUCAAUCUAUCUCGACAGUGUAUUGCCUGUAAUCGUUACGCUGGCAACACGUUCAACACAUCGACAAACCAAGGUAGUUGCAUGUGAGUUGCUUCACUCCAUCGUUUUGUAUAUGGUUGGAACGAAUAGCGGUGGAUCUUUCCAUAGGUUGUAUCGUCGUGUCUUUCCAGCGUUGCUGAGAUUGGCUGUCGACGUUGAGGUCGUAGCAAGACAGUUAUUCUCACCGUUAAUUAUGCAACUGGUUCAUUGGUUUACCAAGAAUGUUCGUGCUGAGAACGAUGAAACAAUGGCAUUGCUCAACUCGAUUAUCGACGCUGUCAACGGUGAGGACGGUGCACUUCGUGAGUUUGGUGCGCGUGCCCUCGGUGAAUUCGCAUCGUGGUCACUCAAGCAUGCACCAACAACGAAAUCAACAGCCAACGAAGCAAGAUCCGCUUUCAAUUUCAAGUCAUUACUGAAGCGUGUCUACUCACUUGCCGCACAUCCUUCAGCACAGACGAGAAUGGGAGCAGCAGCGUCGUUACUCUCGCUGAUUCGCGUGAUGCGAGAAGACGACAAUCUCAUUAGUGUCUUCCUCUUUGAGAUCGCACAUCAAGUACUGUUGUCAAUGAGAUUGUGUGGCGCUGUUGCAGAUGAAGGAGACGACACCACUACUCUCGAAGUGGAAGUCGGUGAGAAACUGCAGGCGGUUAUCGACGCCGUUGUCCGUGUCAUAGAGAGACGAGCGGAGCUGUUGAAUCGCACCAAUAACAAUCGUAGAGAGCACAAAGAUCUCGCGGAUUUCGUUGGUUGGGUAUUCGGCGAGGUUGGACGUAUGGAGCGUCGCGUUAGAUUCACUUCGAUCGCACUGUUUGGCAGAGUAGUUCAGCUGCUUCCCGGACAGAAGCGCGCCAACAUUUGGAUACAACAUCAAGUGAAACAACAUGGACUCGCUGCGCUGAUAAAGAUGGCAGAACCACCACAAACCGCAAGUGCUAUGCCACCCAAGCUCGAUGGCAACAAUCAUCGACAUGUUGAAUUCUGGAUGCGACGUCUACAGGCAUCGUUGGCAGUGUACAUAUGGUAUUUCGGUGAAGGAUUUACCGAUCCCGUUGCCAUCUCUAAAGACGGUUCGUCGCGAAUCAUAAGUAAUGCAUUCUAUGUGUUUUUGAGUGAGUAUGCAUUGGUGGAUCAGAGUCAUCCGGCAAUGGCAUCGCUUACUCCACGUGAGAUAGACCAAUUCAUGACGCUAAAGUGUCAGACACUCGAACAUGUCUAUGCUCUCUUCUCAAUGUUGCUAGAGAAGUAUAACUACUCACAGGUAAUGGAAACCGGUGGUUUACAAUUGCUACGAGUUGUCGGUGUUAGUCUAUUGACACCUGCAGUUGUUGGCUAUAGAACUAUUGACAACAACAACAACGCUAGCAACAGCGGUAACAACAAACAAGUUAAUGAAUUACCUUUGAACUUGAUAGUGGAUCGUGUUUGUCAAUUGAUUGUUAAUCAAGGUGAUAAAUAUCGUGAUACUUUAAUAGGUUAUCUAGGAGAGAUGAUUAGUAGCAGCAGUUGUAAUCUAGGAGAGAUAGGAGUGUUGAUUACAACCGAAGGAACAGACCGUCUUGUUAGUUUGAUAAAUGGAUAUAAUAUACUUCAGAAACAAUCGAUACUCGAUGUAACAUUGAAGUUUGCCAAGCUAUCGUUGCCGGCAAUGACAUCGACAUUGUUUGACUACUUGAAUGAGCAUGUCGAUAACAUCACACCCGCUCAUCUCAUUGUCUACAAAGAGAUAUUGGUAUUCAUAUUAUCGACAGGUCAUAUUCAACCAUCUAAAUUACUAGAAUAUCUGUUACCACCAAUUAAAGUAUUAACUAAAUCGACCACUACAACUACAACAACAUCAUCAACAAUAACUGAUAAACAAUUAGAAGAAGAAGAAAAGAGACAACAAAAACAAAUUGAACAUCAAUCAAACUUUUACAAGACAUAUCAUUCCGAGUUGAUUGAAUACAUUUCAAAGAACUUUGAAUCGUUCUCACCGCUAUUCAUCGAUAGAAUCGUUCAAACCAAUCAUAUCGAUACUAUACUCAAUGACAUCUGUAUAUACAAACAAACAAUACAAUUUAAUAACACAACUGAUAAGCAAUCAAAGAAGAAUGAUAUGAAAUCAAUUAUGAUACCAUUCCUUAUAAAGAUAUCAUCACAUCUUCUUAAAGAUGUUGGAAAGACAACUGACAAAGAAAACAUCAUUGAAUUCACAAAGAAUUUGAUUAAUAUCGAUACACCAACAUUCUUUGAAACUAAAGAAGGUUAUGACUUUGUAUAUCAACUAUUAAUCAACUAUCUCAAUAGAUCCAACUCUUUGGCAUUUAAGAACAAAGCACUUGUAUUAUUACCCGAUUUAUUAUUAUUCCCAAAGCAUCAUAAUUAUAAUUUAAUUCAAGAGAAACUUAAUGAGAUUGUAGUAUAUGACUUCCCACUUUCAUCUAAAGAUUUAACAAAAGGAUCACCAAUUUAUAAUGAAUAUAUUACUACGAUUGAAAGAUUUUUAAAUACUUUGGAGAUUACUUGUAAUCCAAUGAUUAUCGAUACUUUGUUGCAGGUGUUGAAGGAACAAGAUCACAGUCAUAUCACUCAUAUCAAUCAGUCGAUUGAGAGAUUCAUUGUUCGUACUAAUGACAGUCAAGCCAAGGAAGUGUUCUCUCAUUGCUUUGCUAUGUUUAUGAGUAACGACUAUCAAGAUGAACUAAAGAUAACGUUGAUCGACAAGUUCUGUGUUCCUCUCAUCGGUCACAUGAAACAACAGGUUCUCAUUCAGUUGUUUGCUCAGCAUCUUUCAUCGUUGAUGUCUAUCAUCCAACCGCUUGCACCCAAGUACCUAGCGACUGCAAUCGAACGUAAAUCAUCGGUGGUAGAGAAGAUCUGUUGUUUCAAACUGACCCAACAGUUCUACGAGUCGUUGCCAGCCACUGUCAUACGUGACCAAGUCAACCCUUACUUUACAGGCGACAAACACGAUGCCAAAGGCACGGAAUUGACAGCAGCCAUUAUGAAAGCAGCACAUCUUGCUAAAUCUGAGAAGUUGGCAACCGAUGAACAACAUGUAACACGUGUACUCGCCACCAAGUAUCACGGUGCCGCCUACUCGGCGUUGGCGAGCGUCGUCGCCACCACACAAACCAAAGAAACAUUCUUCCACGUAUUCUUCUUCAAGGAGAACAAAGAGAAGAAUGAAUAUCUCUGGGAGAACAUCAUCGAUCUCGAACAACAAUACAACUUUGAACCGGAAACAAACUUCCAAAUCUCCAGUCAACUCAGUAGCGCUGUCGCCAACAGUCAGUCACGCGACCUCAAAUAUCUAUCUAGUCAAUAUCUUCAAGAUAGUAGUUUAUCUCAAUCUUUAGAUGUAGAUACUAGUUCAUCAACAACUUCUACUUCUACUACAACAACUUCAAAUAAUAACAAUCUAAAGAUUGUUGCAAGUGCAAUGAAUAUGCCGAUUGAACUUGAUAAGAUCAAUAGUAAUCCUUCGAUGCAACCGAUGUUGAAGAUUAUCGAUAUCUAUCAAGAGAGAUUCAGAGAGUCGAUAGAUCAAUCACCUAACGAUAUGCCGAAAUGGAUGAAUGAGUUGUAUCUCAAAGUAAAGAAUGACACUAAUCUUCAUCCAAAUAUUCUUAUCUUCAUAUUGAAGGUGAUAAUCAACCGACAACAAUACUUUUAUCGCUAUCACAAACAAUGGACACCUAUUCUCAUUGAAUACGUCAUCUCUAACCAAACCGGUGGUCAAGGUAUUCACUACUUCAUUCGUGACAUUGCAAUGCUACUCCUAAGCUGGCCAAACAUCUACCAAGAUCAAAAACUAGAUCAAUUAGAUACAUUAUCAAAAUCAAAUAUAUCUAAAUUCAUCAAUUUCUUAAUACAAAACUCUUAUUGUGCAGAUAGACAAAUCUUGAGAAACAAUUUGAAUAUUCUAAAGUUGUUUGUUGAGAGAUGGAAAGGUUUGUUUAGCGUAGAGAAGAAGUCGAUUGUCGAAGCAUUGGCGACACCCGUUACAAACUUUAAGAGUAAAGCAAGACAAGUUCGAUCGACAGCACUCAUUCAACUAUCGAUAUUGUUGAGUAACGGUUAUGCUGCCUACGAUAAAGAGAACGAUAGUGAAAUCUCUGAAUUCAAAUUCUAUCAAAUUCUAAUCGAUUGUCUGACAGAGUACAAAGAACUCUACGAUGCUGCCUCUGAAAUCUGUGGUAUGAUAUUACAAUUCAAUCAUAAACAUAACAUUCAAUCUGUAUUUGAGAAAUUAUUAAAAGAUAAGAUAUCUUCUUUCCUUAGUCAAAGUGAUUAUCAAAGAGCAUUGAAUUGUCUAUACUUUAUUGGAUUACAUCAUCCAUCGUUCAUUCUUCAAUUCCAACUUAAACUACUCAAUAUCCUACCGCAGUUGUCUAAUGAGAUUAGAUUGGUUGCAUUCAAUGUCAUAUAUUGGAUUGCUGAUGAUAUACCAGAGUUAUUUAUCAAAUUGAAAUCUGCAAAUCUAGAUAGUCUUAUUAGAAUAAGAGAAGAACAAACACAAAUUAUCAUUCUAAAGAUUCUAUUCAAAUUGAUAAAGAAUAACUAUACAACCGAUCAAACACUUUUACAAAUUAUCAAUCUUUUAUUAGAUUGUCGUUUCAAUCAAAGUCCAAAUGAAACAUGUAGAUUAUUGUAUUAUGAUAUCUUUAUGUGGAUACAUGAUUAUCUUGAGAAAGAUGUAAUCGAUCAGAAUCAAAUUAGAUUGACUUUAUUGAUAGGUUUGUCAGAUGAUUCCGAAGCGGUAAAGAGAAAGCUGUUGGAAUUCUGGGAUACCAGUAAGGAGUUGUCGCUGUCCACUGUUCAACGAUUGAUGCAACUGUUUGAGAAGAUGUAUACCAAGGAAACGGAAUCACAAUGGCUCGGCUAUUGUUGUAGUUUGCUACUUCAGUUGUGUACGAGAUCGUCGGAUUUCACAAAGCUGCUGUUUGACAAACCACUCUCUGAAUGUACGUUCCGUGAGUACAAUCUAGACGCAUCGUGGCAAAACCGUACAUCCAAUAUGAAUCCACUGUUCAGUUCAUCGCAACUCGAUGAAGAAUCUUCACAGCUCCCUACGUUCGAUGGCGACAACUUUGGACCGCGUGCAACUCAGCUGCCGAUGUUCUCACUGACACAAUCGUCAUUCAGUCAGUUCUACCCGUCGGGAUCUUCUUCUUCCUACUCGGAGCUAUCAUCUUCACAAGAACAAUCUUCUUCGGCAACAACAUCGACAACAUUCAGUGUUGGCUCCGCUCCCGAUUCUUCACAAUCUGGUAAAGCUGGCAACAAGAGAACUGUAAACAAUAAGCCUGAGGAUAAAGCUGGAACUUUCAAGGUACCGGCCAAUAUUGAUCCACGUGUCAUGGAGAUGAGAAACCGAUUCAAGAAGAAGGACAAUCGAACUGACGGUGAGAGAAAUGCUGCUUUCGCUAGGCUGGCCGUAAAGAAGAGUAAGGAUCGGGAUGAAUUGAUGUCGCGUGCCAAACAAGCUCGUGAGAAUCAAGUGACAAUGUUCCGUAAAUAUCGUUCCGGUGAACUUCCAGACAUCCAGAUUAAACUACAGGAAAUUCUACGUCCACUUCAAUCGUUGUGUCAAAUGGAUCACCAUGUCGGUACCUCUGUAUUCUCACUGUUGUUCACAACUAUCUAUCAACAUUGCCCACGUGACCAAGUCAACAAAUUCAAGAGCAGCUGUAAGCAAUCGAUUGAAAAGAUUAUCGAUUCUAACGCUACCAACUCUGCACUCAUUCUCAGUCUGUUGAAGAUUGUGGAGAAGAAUCUCGAGUUGACACCGUCACCCGCCAGUAUCGCGAGUGCAUCGAACGCCAGUGGAAAUCAUCCGAUGGGUAUCAUUGUUAUUGAAUCAAUCAUCGAGUCAUUGCUUCCAACUAAACCAUCGUCGAAACAAUACGCACAGAACCAAGCGACUAUCAGUGAAUCUUGGGAUCAUCUUCGUGAGUUGUAUCACGCGCUGAAAGAAGAGGAUAUCGUACUGGGACUGUUGGAACGACAAAUGGGUGAGUUACCAUAUACCAAACGCGCGUUGGAAGCAGAACUUUCAAACGAUUGGGUUGCCGUACUCAAAGCAUACGACGACGGUAUGGCAGCGUUGGAAUCCGGUCAGCUUGCCAUUACACCAUCGGCACGCGAGACGUCGCUCUGGGAGAACGGACGUCUACAAUGCUACGAGUCACUCAGAGAGUGGAGCAAUUUGAAAGCAAACUUUAUCGCCUAUUAUCCAGGUGGUCCGCAAUCGGUAUUCGAAGAACAAGAUGAAGCAACUCGUCACGAGAUGAUGUCUCACUUUUUGCAAUACAGUUUGAAGGUGAAGGAAAACUGGCCCGAUCUCUACCAGUUCAUGGGCUCGCUGACACCGUCACAACACCAAUAUAUGGAAUCGUCAUUCCCAGGAGAAUUGGCAUUCCUUGAAAUCACAAGAUCCGAUUUCAAUCGUUCACAAUACUAUAUCCAGAAAUUCUACAGGCUGUUCCGUGACCAAUGGGCAUCGACUCAUCCUCUGGCACUGGCAAGUCGACACCGUAUUCUACAACCCAUUCAAAAGGUGGUGGAAGUCGAAGAAUUCUUGGGAUUAGUGACGAAUGAUAAACGUGCAAUUGAAGUUGAUAAGAUGGAGAAGUUGGUAUCACUAUGGAAAACAAGAUAUCCAUCGUCAUUCGAUGAUAUUCUCGUGUGGGACGAUCUCGUUAGUUUCAGAAGUGUCUUGCUCGAGAAGAUCUAUGAGAGAUUCAUCGGACAGAACAACAAUGACGAAGCUAAAGAAGAUGGCGUAAAGAAUCUGCUGAUUCGCGAACGUGCAGAACUCUAUCACCAGAUGUCAAAAGGUGCAAGAAAACUUGGAAAUAUCAUUGUCUCCGAGGCUUACUUCCGUCUCGCCGUCAAGAGCUAUCCAAAGACCAGAGAGAAUGAUCUAGCAUUCCCACUGGUUAGCUCACUCAUCAAGAUCUAUUGUCUGAAAGCAAAAAACAGUACUACCCAAGUGGAAACACUCGAUCGUUUCAUUAAGGCACUGAAAUUCGUUGAGUCGAAAUCCGAUGAAGAUUCCAUCAAGAACAAUCCCGAUAAUUUGCAGCGUUACAAACGUUUGCAUGGUAACAUUCAAUGGGAGAUCUACCAACUCGAUCAAAAACUAGGUUCAAACCUUGUAAUGGAGAAUCUAAAGAAGAAUGGAUUGACCUCACUCUCCUCACUUCCAACCACCAGACUCUCAAGUGAGUUAUUCUCAUUGGCCUAUCAAUCAUACAGUCAAAGUAUUCAACUUUAUGAUUCCAACAGUAACAACAACAAUGAUACUCAUAAAUCAAAGAGUGCUUACCUUCAAUUCGGUAACUUUUGUGAUACUGAAUUACAAAGACGUGGUGAUCAAUCUGAAGAUUCCAAUAGAUUGGCCGUGUCCGUUGUCAAUUCCAUUAUGAAUGCCAUCAAACAAGAGAUUCCAGGUGCAAUUGAAAAGUUCCCAAGAUUGUUGGAAAUUAUCAGUCAAUACGAAAAGGCAGCAAAGGAAUUUGUCGAGAGAACCAAACAGAUUCCAUGUUGGAUGUUUAUCCGUUGGCAAAGUCAGAUGUUCCCUUAUCUCGAUACACCACAAGGUCCUUACAUUCUCCCGAUUCUCCAAGAGAUCGCUAGUAACUACCCUCAAGCAAUCUACUUCCCAUUCAAGAUUAGCAGUGAACAAUUUGGUCCGACCGCCAAAAAGUUGACAGCCAAACUCGAACAAACUCUAAAGAAUCCACUUAUCGAUACGUUGAUCAGUGAAUUUGAAAGAUUGACUCAUCCUGAACACAGAUUCAAAGACUAUAUGGAAACAGUUAAAACAAUGAUGAAAUCAACACCGAUCAAUACCUCGGAAAUUCAAAAGUUGGGUGUUGAAAUCUAUAAUGAUUGUUUCAAUCCACAUACGGUCAGAGGUGACUACAAUCUUAAAUUUGCAAAGGAAUGGGAUCAUCAUUAUAGUCAACAUUUCAGUAAGGAUGGAUCGAAAUUGGCUAAAAUGGAUGUAAAGAAACUGGUGGAACUAGUUGCUGACAUGUCAGGAAAGAUGGCCAAGACAAUGAAACCAUCGUCAACCGCAACAAUGAAACUAAAGGAUUUCAGUAAUUGGCUUGUUGAAUUCGAUCGUUCCAAUCAACUCACUGAAAUAGAGCUACCCGGUCAAUAUCAUGGAACCUCCAAACCACAACCGGAAAUUCACAUCAAGAUAUCUUCGUUCGAUCCGAAUCUACUUGUGAUGGGAUCGCUUCGUAAACCCAAGAGAAUCAAGAUACACGGUAGUGACGAACAAGACUAUCCAUUCUUGAUUAAAGGUGGUGAAGAUCUGCGUUUGGAUCAGCGUAUUCAACAGUUGUUCUUUGUAAUGAAUGAAAUACUGAAGCGUGAUCCUGCCACUUCCAAACGUGGUUUACAUAUCAAGACUUACCAGGUAGUUCCAAUGACUGGUAAAGUCGGUAUUAUCGAGUGGCUAAACGACACGAAACCGCUCAAAGAGAUUAUCGAGGAUCAGAUGGCUGUUCACCAGAAUGUAGAGAGAUCGAAUGUCUCACUUUCAAGAAUGGAAGCAUACAAGAUUCACAAUGAAUGGAUCAACUCUUUUGGAAAGUAUAUCAAAAUGGCAAAUCCACCUGCUGGACCUCUGUACCAACAGAUGUUUAUGCACUCGGAUCGUGCCGACGCCAUAAAGAAGCAGGAGAAACAACACGACAAAGUACCAGCCAAUCUGUUACAAAACGGUAUUUGGGCGAUCUCUUCAUCACCGGAAUCCUAUUUAUUCAUCAGAAAUUCAUUUGCACGUUCACUCGCCACCUUUAGCAUUUGUUCUUACAUCAUCGGUAUUGGAGAUCGUCAUCUUGAGAACUUCUUGAUCAGUCAGAAAGACGGUAUAUUGAUUGGUAUCGAUUUCGGACAUGCUUUUGGUACGGCAACACAAUUCCUUCCGAUCCCCGAAUUGAUGCCAUUCCGUCUGACUCGUCAGUUCACCAGCUUCUUGAUGCCGUUGGACUCGGUUGGAUUGUUGUCGCACAAUAUGACACAUACUCUUACAGCUAUCCAAAACAACAAGGACUUCCUCCUGAGCACUAUGGACGUCUUUGUAAAGGAACCACUUAUCGAUUGGAUAAAACUGGCAUCACGUCUUGGAAAAGAACAAGGUAAAGGUCACAAAUCGGUUGAAUCUUGGUUCCCUAAAGAGAAAGUUGACAUUGCCAGAAGAAAAUUGGAGAGAUGGAAUCCAGCCUAUAUCACAAGUGAAGAACUUGCCAACUCUGUUCACAAAGGUCAAAUCUACGAAAAGAGUAUUCAAAACGUUGUCAAAGGUGAUCCUAAACACAACAUCAGAGCGAAAGCUUGUCAAAUUUGUUCAACUGCAAAAGAACAAGUGGAUUGUCUCAUUGAUCAAUCCACAGAUCCAAACAUCCUAGCCAGAGCAUGGGCUGGUUGGUCUUCAUGGAUUUAA